AUGGCGUUCUCUAACCAAAGCUUCCAGAAGGGUCCAAGCUCCCACGUCUAUCCUACCUCACCCAGUGUCAGUGGUGUCACCUCCUGGAAAACAGGCAUCCAAAAGAUUCAGGCACCUAGCGUCUACGGGGGAGCUGGGGGCUAUGGCACCCGCAUUUCUACCAGCACCGGCUACGGACAAGGCUUCAGGGGGAACUUCCGCCUUAAUGUCACUGGUAACGAUGUGCUGCUCACUGGCAAUGAAAAAGCAACUAUGCAAAACCUAAAUGACCGUUUGGCUUUGUAUCUGGAGAAGGUGCGUUCUCUAGAAAAGGCAAACUCCCUGAUUGAAAAGCAGAUCAUGGAGUGGCAUGAGAAGAACACUAUCAGAGUAAGGCAUGACUACAGCUCAUACUUUGAAACACUUAAAGAUCUCCAAAACAAGAUUGCUGCUGUACAGUUGGAAAAUGCAAGGCUUGUCCUCCAGAUUGACAAUGCCAAACUGGCUGCUGAUGACUUUAGACUGAAGUAUGAGAACGAGCACCUGUUCUGGCAAGGUGUCAAGAGUGACAUUAACGGACUGCUCCAAGUUCGUGAUGACUUGACUCUGAAUAAAUCUGACUUGGAGUCACAGGCUGAAAUGAUGACUGAAGAACUAGCUUUGCUUACGAAGAACCACGAGGAGGAGGUCAACAGACUGCACAAGCAGACGAGCGGCUCCAUUAACGUAGAGGUGGAUGCUGCUCCACGUACUGAUCUCUCAACUAUUAUGGAAAACAUGAGAAAGCAAUAUGAAGAAAUGGCAGAAAAGAACCGGCAAGAAGCCAAAGAACGAUUUGAAAAGCAGACAGAACAACUGACCUACGUCGUAGCCACCAAUGUCGAACAGCUGCAAGCCCAAAGGAAAGAGAUCACCGACCAGAGACACAUCUGCCAGCACCUGGAGCUGGAAUUGCAGACCCAGCUUAACAUGAAAAAGACUUUAGAAGGCACGCUGGCUGACACUGAAGCACGUUACCAGUAUCAGCUAGCCCAAAUACAGGCAGCAGUUGCCCAUGUAGAGGCUCAGCUGAGGCAAGUCCGAGCUGACAUGGAGGGUCAGAACAACGAGUACAGUAUAUUGCUGGAUAUCAAGACGCGCUUGGAGAUGGAGAUCGCCACGUACCGCCGCCUGCUGGAAGGAGAGGACAUCGGAUGUUUGCAAGUGGAGGUAUCCUCAGCAGAGCUUGAAAAAGAAUUAAGUAAAGUUAGGAAGAUCAAGACCAUUGUUGAAGACGUGGUUGAUGGCAAGGUUAUCUCCUCGGAGAUCAAAGAGAUUGAAGAGAAGCUGUAA